AUGUCUUUCGCUUUCCAAACCCGCACCCCCUCCGAAAUCACCGCCAAGAUUCUCUCCGACCCCCAAUUCUCCGCUCGCCUCCUGACACCGCACAACCAUGAGAUCGGCAGCGUCGAGGAGUGGCAGCUAGCCUCCACCCUCGUAAACAAGGUUCUUAGUGUUCAGCGCCGCACGCUGGAGGAGAUCACGCAGGAGAUCCUAGCGGAUAACACGUUUUCUAGGAGGGUGUUUGAGGAGUUAAGGGGUGCGGAUCUGGGGACGACGCAGAAUUGGAAUUUUGUGGUGCGGUUGAUCAGGGGGUUAGGUGGCGGGACGACGGAGGGUUAUGUGAAGAUUAUGGAGAGGGAUGGGAGUGUGGAGCGCUUGUGUAGGUUGGCUGUUGAGUGGGGAGAACGGAGGGAGGUGAGGAUUGUGGAAGUCAAGCACGUUAUUGAGGAUGCGGAAUUACGCACUCCUUCGUUCCUGAGCUCUUCCGACAUUCUAUACUCACUCUCGGAAAACCCUCUAGAUUCCACGGAACACGAUAACGCCAGUCAAGAGACGCUGAAAGCCACACCUUCCCCAACUAGCUCUUCCUCCAGCAGUCCAUCCUCACACGGCUCCUCUUCCGGCACUAGUCUCAGCUCGCUAUCCUUUAACCCUCCCAGGACUACUAAGGGUAUCACGACCCUGGGUAAUCUGUCCGAAGUCACUGUGGCUUUGAGGAACACCCAAGGCACUUUAGAACAAGAAGCUUCGCGCCAUCGAUUUCGCUCGUUGUUCCAUCCGAAAUUCGGGAAACGGGGGUCUGCAAUCCAAGAGCUGGGAAGGGAUAGCGGUGAGGAGCUGACUGAGCAGGGUUCCAUCAAUUCAGAUAUGGGAGGAGGAGCGCUGCAUAAGAGGUGGUGGAAGAAGAGUUUUUAG